AUGUUGGACAGGCUGCAUAGGAUGUUGUCUUUGGAGCAUCCUAUUUUUUUUUCCAACCUGAAGGGCAAGCUGCUGUCCUCAUCACCGGCUGCACAUAACGGAGGCAUCGGGCAGGCAACUGCAUGCACCUUUGCCCGCUCCGGCUGCUCAGUAGCAGUGCACUACCAGGCGGCAUCCUCGCACGCCAAGGCAGAUACGCUCAUCUCCGACCUCAAGGCCAUUGCCAGCUCCGACCUGCAGUUCGCCAUCUUCCACACAGACCUGUCAAACUACGAUGAGGUGCGCCGCCUCCAUGCUGAGGUUGUGCAGCAGAUCGGGCAUCCGGACAUCCUCUUCGCAAACCACGGCAUCGCGGGGCCUAAGAUUGGCCCGCUGGGCAAUAUCAAUGACGUGCCCAUGGAGGUGUUCGAAGAGAUGUGGCGGAUGAACACCGGCAUGAGCUACAUGCUUGCGCAGCUCUGUGUGCCACACAUGGAAGCGCAGAAAUAUGAACAUGCCAUUUUCAUGUCGAGUAUCGCUGCAGGUAACAGUGGACUCAUCGAACCCCACUACACAUCAUUCAAAGCCGCCCUGCAUGGCCUGGUCCACUGGCUCUCCCUGUGGUAUGCCAAGGACGGAAUCAAAUCCAGUGCUAUUGUGCCCGCACUCAUCGAGGAUACCGCCACAAUGGCGAACCUGAUGCCUGAGAUGCGGAGCAAGAUCCCCAUCGGGCAACUUGGGAAGCCCGACAAGAUGGCCUGCAGGACAUGCUGCAGUCACCCUCUUCCCCACUCGUACUCGCGCCGAUGCCCACGCACAUGA